CAGCCAUAUAUUCAUACAUCAAACAAAAUCCCAAAUCUCUUACCUUACCACCCAACGAGCAGAAGUGGGUGACUCCUUUCCCCGACUUGAGCUGUGACAGCUCGUUCAAGUCUUCAAACCGUCGACGGGAGGCGGAGCCGCGAAGGAGCAGAGGGAGUGCGGGAAUGUCGGCCGUCGGGCGUCGAACGGUGGCGGAGCAGAGGAGCAGGGAGAGGGCGCGGCAAUGAAGUCGGAGAGGCGGAGCCGGAGCAGAGGAAGAGCGGGGGGAGGGCGCGGGAUGGAAAUCGGGUGACGGGCGGUGGUUGUCGGGAAUGGAGGCGCGCCGAGUAGAGGAUGGAAAUCGGGAGAAGGGUUUUGGUGGUGGCCGGGCGGCCGUCGGAUCGGAAUUUGGAGUCGGGACGGGAGGUGGAGACUAGAGAAUAGGGAUGGCUUCGCGAGUCAGAGACAGAGAGGGAGAGGAUGAAUGCGGCGGGGUUUGUGUCUCUGGGGAGAGUGGGGACUUGGGUGGGGGAGUGAAAAUGUUUUGGGAAAUUAGGGUUAGGAUGUGUGUCCGGGCAUCCACGGGUCGGGUUCCUCCAAACCCGAACCCGCCCCAACCCGCCCAACCAGCCACCGGGUUUAAACCCGAACCCGGCCCGAAUCCGGUCAACACGGAUUUUACCCACUUUGAUCGGGUUGGGUCGGGUCGGGUCGGGUACCCGCGGGUCCGGGUUGAACUGCCAUCCCUAUUUCAGAGUGACGUCUCCCACUCUUUCAAGUAGUGGGUUAUAACCUCGAAAGCAACUUAGAAGGAGAUAUGGGGAGGGUUCGAUGACCCGAUUUGUUAGUAGAUCGAUUUGAGUUGUAUCGGUUCAUGUAAAUGGAGAUGAUCGAAUAGGCAACUAAGAUCGUGACUAGAUCAUAGAUAUGAAUCAUUGAUCCAUGACAGCCUAUUACACGAAUCAAACAAGCUAACGAUUUGUUUGCUCGAUCAACAAAAUUAGUAUGUGAAAAAUGAGUUGUCAAGACAAAAUGCACCACAUUGGUACACUACUUUUCUCUCCGGGUCAAGCUUGUACGUAUUUGUUUUUAGCACCUUCCCAAAAGGCUUCGUAUUAACAAAGGGAUUAGGUGGACACUUAUAAACCAUAAAGCUUUCUCAUGUUCCUCCGAUUCCGAUAUGAUACAUGGAUUGUACCCCAACAGAAUUCAAUCCUAUAUAUAGUUUUUUUUUUCUUCCUCUCAUUAAAAAAAUUAUUACUUCAUCCUAGUAACCGACGGAAUUAUUGAAAAGAGUUUAAAGUGAACUAUACCAUACGAUUCUCUCGACACUAAUUGCUCGAUGAAGUGACAUAUAUGGAGGUAGGGAGAGGAAGAUACUGCUAUAUAUGUGUAGUCCUAAUCCAUGAAACACUGAAAAUGGCUUCCCACUAGCAAGCAAGAGCCAAAGCAUCCAUAGGGAAUUUCAGUCCUGUCAAAAAACUUGUAUUCUCCUUAUCUUUGAACCAUUGCACCAUAGAUAGUAAGUUGAGGCAGCAUUGCCAUGGGUAAUUCUGGGUACUAGAGCCAAAAACCCUAAGGGACCCUUUGGUUUGGAGGGUUAGUGUCUCAGUGACAACUUGGCCCAGGCCAAUUUGUCGAGCCAUGGGGAGGCAAAAGGGAGGGUUAUUUUGCUCUAGUGACUCAGCCUCCACAAACACCAUAUCCUGUUCUUAAUGUUGUUUGCUUGCUUGCAUGGUAACUUUUGGUUCCAUCUGGCUCGACUCUUUGUGGUUGCUAGCUUUAUUCCAUGAUGGUCGCCCUUCGAGAGCCAAGUUUUUUUUGAGAAACGGACCAAAGGUUAAGAGAAAGUGUGUAACAGAGAGAGAGAUGAGGAGGAAGAAGAGGAUAAUGGUAUCAUUGGAAGGACGACAAUUACAUGUCAUGAAGAAUGGAAGAUAGGUGUGGGGUAAGUGAUGAGAAGAGAUACGACAAACAUCUUGAAAAUUCAUCAAAUUGCUUCGAAUUUUUGGUCCCUUCACUUUCUUUAUGAUCAGGGGAAGCCAUUUGGGUUAGGAGGAUGUGAUCGUAAUUUGGUUUCAAUCGAACGAUUCAUCGGUAAAAUCGAAUGUCAAUUAACUUAAGUAUAGAAGAGGUAUUUUUGGUCCUCGAAACAUCUUCGUUUGACGGAAAUUAAUUCGUUUCUCAAUCUAUCGUCGGAGAGGAACUCUUUAAUGUCUGACACACAUAACAGUCAGAAGACUAUAGCUCCAUACACGCAUGUUGUGCUCGCCUCAAUAUGAAAUAGGAAUUCAUACAUCUUUGUGCCUCCUUGGCCUUCCUACGAGCCAUAAAAUGAGAUCUGACAAUCGUGAUGCACGUGAAAAGUGGGUUUGCGACAACCAUCGAUCCGACUUCUUUGCUCGUAAUUUCCUUCAACACAACAAUGAUUCAUGCCACUUUAGCCAUAUGGUCAUUGAGAACACGUAACAAUAUCAGUGUUUCGCUCACCUUUACGGUUUGAAAUGUACCUAGCCGGUUGGUAUGAAUUGAUUGUUGAGUUGGUUCACAUGUUUGAGGCCCACAACCUGAUCACCUUGAGCUUUUUAAUUAAGCUUCUCCCCCUAAGUCCCAAAUUAGUCUAAUGAGUUGUAUGCUUUUUGCCCCCUAAUCCAAAUCCACCUAAAGAUACCAUUUUGACAACAAGGGUCUUCAUUCAAUUGCAUAUGUUCUCAUCAGAUGCAAAUAACAUGGGAUUUUGUCU